AUGGAUUCAGGAGCUGGGUCAUUCCCCAAUAAAGUCAAAUUUGAGAACUUAGAUCAGAUACUGGUGGUUAAAGAUUUUCUAGAAGAGUUCCCAGAAGAUAUCCCUGAGUUUUCACCUCAGAGGGAAAUUGAAUUUGCGAUCAAAUUGGUGCCGGGAGCCAGACCAAUAAGGGUGAAAGAGGAUGAUAUUCCUAAGACUGCAUUUAGGACACGCUAUGGACACUACGAGUUUGCGACGGCAAAAGAACAUGAGGAGCACUUGAGGAUUGUGCUACAAAUUCUAAAGGAGCGAAAGUUGUACGCUAAGUUGUCGAAGUGUGAGUUCUGGAAGGAAGAAGUAAAGUUCUUAGGUCAUGUGGUGAGCAAAGGAGGAAUAGCGGUGGAUCCUUCUAAAGUAGAAGCGGUGAUGGAAUGGAAAAGACCGAUGACCGUGACGGAAGUCAGGAGCUUUUUGGGUUUAGCUGGAUAUUACCGGAGAUUUAUCGAAGGAUUUUCCCGGAUUGCGCUACCAAUGACAAAGUUGACAAGGAAAGAGGUGCCAUUUGUGUGGACGUCAGAGUGUGAAGAGAGUUUUCAAACCUUGAAGCAGAGAUUAACUUCAGCACCUGUUCUAAUCUUGCUGGAACCGCAUGAACCUUUUGAAGUGUACUAUGACGCUUCCUUGAAAGGUUUGGGUUGCAUGUUGAUACAACAUCGGAAUGUGGUGGCUUACGCAUCGCGUCAGCUAAGACCGCUGAUACGUGGCAGAAGUUAG